AUGGUAGCACUGCCGUCAGGCAGCUGCCAGCUGCCAAGUCCCCUGAAAGCUACCACUCAAUUCCAGGAGAGCUCGGGGACCGUGGGAGAGCUCGGGGACGUGGGAUCCUCCGCUGUCCGUUCGACGUCCUACUUUGCCCAUCCGCGGGCUCGCUCCUACUCAGGGGCCGGCCCUCUUUGGGAUCCACUCCCGGCUCCUGCUGUAGCAAUUGAGCGCGUCGGGACUUCUACGCUCGGCUGUGGCCAGACCCGCCUGCGCGAGUUACCUGCGGUUCGGGUGUCUCUUCCCACGUGGUGCAGGCAGAUUUCAGGGGCGGGUCUGUCAAUUACACUGCCUCGGGAAGAUUGGAAAGAGAGAGCUGAGGGUGACUGGGGCUUUCUCCGCAGCUCUCUCAGCUGGCUGGGUCUCCAGCAACUGGAACCUCAGAGGAACCACCGCGUGUCAGCCGCGUGGCGCGCCCUGGGGCCCGGUGACCCAGUGUCUGGCCGGGAGCCUGGGGAUGCAGGCUUUGCCGCCUCGAGGUGGUUGCUCCGAGACCCAGCGCGGGGAAUAGGGCCCUUUGCGCGCUUCAACCUGCUUAGGCUUGCUCAGAGUCUAUUAGCAGUUUUCAGCCAGAUGAGCGAGGCAGGAUGGAAACUGCGGUUCUCCUUAAUAAAGAGAAGGGAGAACCGGAGAAUUCUUGAUUGGAAAGAAAAUGGAGAUCCUUUGCAGUCUAAGGAAGAUGAUGAGAUUGGAAAGGCCCAGGAUGCUUUCUGGCUUCAAUCACUUAUUACUGAUGCAGUUGAUGAUAAACAAUUUCAGAAAAUGAAAGAAUAUUUUCAACAGAAAGAGAGGCACUCUCCUCAAAAAUAUAAUCAUCUUCUGUUACGUUAUCUUAACAGAUCCAUAAAUAAGGAACUGGAUAAGAAUGAAUUUCAGUAUGUUUCACUGUUGCUGAAAUGUAUUCAGCGAUUCUUCAAAGAUGACCCCCAACAAGACGAGCCUUUGUUAAUUCAGCAGGGGCUGAUCCCAAAGAUGGUUUCCUGGUUUGAAAGAAUGUUAGACUUUCUGAUCUUGGAAGACCUGGAUGCAGACACAUCGCUGAUGAGUGUCAUGGAAGACUUCUUUGACACUGCAUUGGUAAUUUCCAGGAGUAGUAGUAAAGGGAAAAUUCAGAUGCUGGAUUCCUUCCUGUUCAGCUUAGGAUUCCUGGUGACAGAACCGACUAUAAAUCAUCCUCUUCAACAAGAGGCUUUGAGAACUUUGAACUGCAUUUUGCAAGGUGUACCUCAGGAAGAGAGGAAGAAAUUCCUUUUGUCAGAAGGCAUGUGUCGUCUUAUGAGAAACCUUGCAAGGACAAUCUUGACUGUGGGUGAUUAUGACCAGCAGGUGGCUAUUUCUGAAGCAUUGUGUAGACUGGCGACUAAAAAAUCAAGAAAUGAACUUGUCCAUGAGUGGUUUGAUGAUGAUGUCAUUGCUGAAGCUUUCAAAGAAAUUAAGGAUCGAGAAUUUGAUACGGACAGUAGACGGUUUCUCAAUCACCUAAACAACAGACUUGGUGACCAAAGAAGGGUCUAUUCGCUUCCGUGUAUUGCUGCUUUUGCUGAGGAGAAUGAGGUGAGAAAACCAGCAGAUGAAAAACUAGAGAAAUUUUGGAUUGAUUUCAACUUAGGAAGUCGGAGUAUCACUUUUUAUAUAGAUAAUGCUGAGAGUACUCUGUGGGACUUGGUAAGACUUUCGAAGGAAGUAGUGACGAAUUUUGACAUAAUAGAAACCCAGGAGCUGAAGGUAUUUGUCAUUUACCUGAAGAAGCCUGUUAUUAUCAGCAAAAAAGAAGUGAUGAGACUAGAAAUCCAUUUUGAUUUGCAAUUCAACAUAUCACAAGCUUCCACUCAAGCUUUAGGAGAAGAUAAACAGAUGUUGCCUGAACAGAUGAAAACUUCCUCAGAACUUUAUGUUAAGUCUGAGAAAGAAGACAAAGAGAUUCCUACUGGCCAUGAAAGGGAGACAGAGCAGGCGGAAGAAUCCACUGACCUGGUAGAAUUCACGAGGGCUGGAGAUGACCGUUGCCUGAUAACUCUCCCCUUCAAUGACCAGUCUUUUAAUUACAGGAAACAUCUCUUCUCUGAGAGUAGUCAAGAUUCAAGUACUAGUACCAGUAAACAAUCUUGGACCAGUACCCAAAAGAGGAAAUCCUUAAAAUCAUAUUCUGGUAGAAAAAAGAAAAGAACCAGGAGUAGAUUAAGAAUCUUGCCACUCGCCCCUCUCAGUAGUAGCAGUGACCAUGAAAAAGACCAAGUAACUGAACUUCUAACACCGUUACAGAAAGACAUGUCCAGGCAAAAUGAUACCAUGCCUCCCAAAAUUUCUGAAGCAAAAUUCCAAGGCAGUUCUGCCAUUUUAACUCCUGAAGAUUCUGCCCAGAAAACAGAGCUUCAAGGUCCUCACCCCCCGAGUGAGCUGUCUCCUGGGGAGCACUCAGAAGAUGAAACAAGUGUACCUAAGAUCGUGAACCAAGAGUCAUUAACAGAAAGUACUAGCCUCAAACAUAAGCUGCAAAACUUAGAAGACAGAGAUAUACCAGAAGGUAGUUUUGCUAAAUCAAAACAGUCAAGAUUGGAAGAUGAUGGUGCUCCAGGGUCCCCUUCCUCAGUGACAGAAGAAGCAGACUUGGCAGCUGAUGGCCUGAGCACGUCUACUUUGAGCACUUUCCCAGAGAAUUUGAAUGAGUCUGCCAUUCUCACAACCUUUGAGAAUUUCACUAGAGAACUGGAGAGAAAAUACAAGGAUAGGUACAGAAAGAGUCCAAUUCAUUUGGCAAAUGCAAAGAAAGCACCGGAUUGCCUAAUAAAACUUUUAAACCAGAUACACCUAUGCAGACUCAAUAAAGUAGAGAAAUUUCAAAAUUUUGUUCUGCAAGAGUUGAGCAUUCUUGAGAAGGAUAUUCAGGCCCUGGAACAUCUUGAAAAGGACGUUCUGGAGUUUUGGGAGAAACAGUCUGCUGAUCUGGAAUCAUUCUGUGAUCUGCAAGUGCUGAGUCUGAACCACUCGAAGCCGAAGAUAUAA